AUGGGGUCAACAGCCCUGAAUGGAAGGAUGGCCCGAUGGCAAAUUCUACUUUCCAAAUUUGACAUAAUCUAUGUGAACCAGAAAGCAGUAAAAGGGAGUGCAAUAGUAGAUUUUCUGGCCAAUAGAGCUUUGGAAGAUUACGAGCCCUUGAACUUUGAUUUCCCAAAUGAGGAUUUGAUGUAUGUUAUAACCACUGAAGAAGGUGAUCCAGAAGAACUUCCAUGGAAACUAAACUUCGAUGGGGCCUCAAAUAUUGUGGCCAUAGAAUGCAAGAUCAAAGUGCUAGAGGUGUAUAGAGAUUCUGCGCUAGUGAUUUAUCAACUCAAGGGAGAACGGGAGACAAGAGAUCCCAAGUUGAUCGAUUAUCGAAAACUGGUUCUUGAAUUGAUUAAAGAGUUCAAUGACAUCACCUUCUGCUACCUUCCACGGGACGAAAAGCAAAUGACCGAUACUUUGGCUACCCUAACUUCUAUAAUUAAAAUGAACAAACAAGAAGAUGUAAAACCUGUCUAG